AUGAAGAUGGAAAUGUAUUUCAAAGAGUACCCUGGUACCUUCACUGAUAAAAGAAAGAUCAGGGCCACCUUAACCAAUAUGGGAGAAGGUGAACCAGUCAAAUGGGCCAGUCCCCUGAUGCAGAAACAUCUCAGUGAUGAACAUCAUGAGUACCUGACUUCCUGGAAUGCAUUCAAAGCAGCAUUCCUACUCAACUUCAGUGAUCCAUCCAAAAGGGAUAGGGCUAUUAGGGAGAUCAAUAGCCUAAAACAAACUGGAUCAGCACAAAUUUAUGCCAGCAGCUUCAAUCAAGGACACUACUACACACCUAGCAUCCUAAAGAAAGGAAAGACCAACAACUAUAGACCUACAGAGAGGUUCCCUGCAGAGAUUUUUCUGAGGAGAAGCCAAGCAGAGACUCCCCUAGAACCCUCAGAGGAUAGUGAUGAAGUGUAUAUUAUGAAAGGAACAAAUGAUACUCUAUCCACUUACACUUCCAUUGAGGGAAUCAUGGACCCCAUCAAAACGCUUAUUGACUCUGGCUCCUCACAAAACUUCAUGGAUAUUACCUUUGCUAGGAACCUCAAGAUUCCUUUGAUUGAACUUCACUCCCCUAGGACAGUCAUAGCCAUUGAUGGAAAAGAAGUAGAAGAAAAAAUUUGA